AUGGAAACUGCUUUAAAUGGCUUGUCAUCGACCGUGAAACACAGUGCAACAAAAGAAGCCAUUCAAGCAGCCAAAGAAUCGCUGAAAAGUUUCAAAGAGAACAAAGAUGUAGCGCCAUUUCAUGUACGAGAUAAAUUGCUAUCCGCUUUUGAAUUAGCUUUGGAUAAUGGAAACGAAAAACAUUCUUAUUUUGCUGUUGAUGGAAUACAGAUUCUUUUGAGAGAUCAAAGUUUCCAUGAUAUAAAUACUGAAGAAGUCAAGAAUAGCCUAACUUCACAAAUUUUGAAUACACUGACCGGAAUUGAUGAAUACAAAGGACAAGUGCAAUGCAAAUGCAUAACCGUAAGUAUUUUUUAAACAUCAAGAAUGCCGCGUUUUUGGGCAGAAGAUGCGUGAGUUCGAUGUCGACUGACUUCAAUAAUGUUUUUUUCAGCUCUUGGUCGAAAUGGUUUGCAGCAAUGAGUUGAAAGUUUCUCUAACUGAUGUUGAAGAAUGUGUUCAGAUUUAUAAACGAUUAUAUGGAAAAUCUGAAGAAGAAAGGGUUCGUGUUGCUUGUAGAGCUGCAACUACACAAAGUCUCACAGCUUAUUUUUCAAACAGAUAUGCAGCAUGUGUAAGUUAUUCCUUGUCGUUGGCUCUUCUGAAAAAUUAAUUUCAGGAUGCGACACAGGAUUCGAUUGCCGUAUAUUUGGAUGUAUGUAAAUUUAUUGAAGAACUUUGCGCGGAAGUUGAACAAAUGAGCAGUUCACAUGAGCAAUGUUUGAUUUCGCUCGAUUCGAUUUGUGCACUUCUCACAACUUCGAAUCUAAAAAUAUUGCAACAUCAGCCAUUUGUCAAUUUGUUGUGGGAAAAAUUGUGUCCAUUGAUUAUUUUAUUAUUGGGAAUUCCAACUGGUUCGGCAGCUGGAUUAUUGAAAUCAGGGGUAAGAAAUUGGAAAGAAAUGGUCUAAAAAAUGAAAAGAAAUUCAAAUAAUCUCGAUUCUUCAGACCGAAAGAUCAACAAAAAGCUCAGAUGAGGAAAUAAUUGGAGAAGGUUCAGUUGAUUUUGCACUAGCUCCAGCAAUUCUUGCAAAUCCUCAUACAUGGCGAGCACUUUAUCAAAUUGUAGAACAACUUAUUCGCCUAAUGAUUCAUGAUAACUCUCUUACCUCAUCUCUAGAAGCACUAUUUCACAAAGCCUUUCUCUAUCCACGUGUUGAUCAACGUGGCGAAGCUCUAAAACUCAUCAAAAAACUUCUGGGCGAUCCGGCGAAGCUUAGCAAAAUUGCGAAACAUCCCAAAUCGCUGACAUCGCUUUGGCGAAUGUUGAUUCAAUGUGUUGGCGAAUGCGCGACGCCGCAAUUGGAACUUGCGAUUGACGCUGUGCGAUGUGUUGUGAGCAUUUUGGACGGAUUGAAACAGUUUGCGACACAUCGAUUUUUUACGGAUGAAGAAAGAGAUGCGAUUGAGAAAAUAUUGGGAGAGCAGAAAAAAGAGUUGGAAGAGAAGAGUGGGUUAAAUUCAUUUGAGAGAAAUAUGUUCUAGAAAACCAAACACAUUAUUUUGAGGACCAAGACAUCUACAGACCAAAUUCUCAAAUUUCAGACCCCGAAAAUCAAUCAUCAACAAUAAUUGAAGAAGAAGGAGAAGCUGAAGUUUUUGAGCAAGAUGAAAUGUGCCAAAAAUUGAAGCGCCUCGAGCAAAAAUUCAAUUUCUCCCAGGGAAAUUCUGCUGAAAUUUCAGCCAAAAUAUCGACGAGCUCAAGAAGAUCUAGUGAAUUGGAUGAAAGUGUGAGUUGAGAUUGUUCGGAACAAAAAACAUAUGAGAAGAUUUUUAGAGCGAAAGAAACACUGCCAAAAAAUUUGUGGAGAGCUUGUGGGAGAAUUUGGACGAUUUUUCGAGUCUGAAAUCGACUUUGGCUGUGGAUGAGACGAUUUUGCAGUUUGCUUCGAAUUUUUAUAAUAGUAAGCAAGGAAAUCUGGGCAAAAAAUCGGUUGAAGUUCAAGUUUUUACUCAGCAAACCAGGGCGUAGCUACAUUGUUGGAAUUCUGUAAAGACAGCCUGACAAAAAAAAAUUCAAAAAUUUCUACUUCUCUGCGAUCUCUCAAAUCCACACACAAAAUACCUCCCAAUACAUAAAUAUGUUCUUCUAGAUUUCUGCCUUGUUCACGCCGACGCCUACAAAAAUCGCUGCAAAAUCCAACAAGAAUUCCUCAACACCGACGCAAUUUACCUCACAACAUAUGCCGCCCUCACAUUUUUGAAUAGCUCAAAAUCCUCUCCUCUGAAAAUUGAGGAUUUCAAGAAAAUCGCGUUGGGUUCAGGUUGUGUAAUCCACGUGGCAAACGGGUGGAUUGAAAAGGUUUAUGAUAAUUUGAACGUGAAUCAUGAGUCUCAUGAUUUUUCAACGACACUCCGCGAUGUUAUUAAUGAUUUUUGUGAGAACGAAAAGAAGGGAUUACUAUCAGAUGUUGAGAAGCUUAAGAAAAUCACCCAAGGUGCCUUAGGAACCUUAGGAUCUGUGGAAGAAGAAACCCUAGCAUUUCAUCUGACAGAUCUUGCUUGGCCAAAUUUCAUAGAAGUUUUGUCGAUUUUCCUAUCUGCAAAAUCGCGAUCAUUGAAAAAGGAGCGCGAAAAGAUCCAGGAAGCAAUAUCAUUAUCGAUUUGUGGAAUGCGUGGCCUAGUUUCGUUGGCUCAAGUUCUCGGCCGUGGCCUAGAAACACGUUGUGGAUGGGUGUUUGAGCAGUUGGUUGAAACAAGUUGUUGUUUGGAGGAUUUGAGAGAAGAUGCUGUGGCUGAAGAAGGAGAAAGUGCGAGAAAAGAGAAAAUAAGGAUAUCGAGGUAGGAAGUUAUUCAGAAUUCCGCCUGGAAAUUUAAAAAAAUAAAAACGUGAACCCUUUGAUUUCCAAAACUAUUUCAAUUUCAUUUUUUUAAAAACAUGUUUUUUUUCUGGCUAAGUGUCAACUGAAAAAUAAUAAUUGUUUGCAGAGAACAUCUCUUGGCAAUGCAAUUAGUUUUGGACGAAUCCCGCAUUGCAAUUCAUUCACCAACCUGCUGGAAACAUAUUGUCAGAUGCACUGAAUAUGUUUGGGAACUCGAAAAAUAUAUCUAUGGAGCACUUUGCUAUGAAAAACCAUCGAGACUUAAAUUUUUGCGUCGAAAAACUGAAGAAGAAUCACCUUCCGAAAAUACCCAAGACCCUCAAAAAUCCGAAGAUUUUUCGAUUGAAAAUGCAAUUGGCGAAGAGAAAUUCAACACAAAUCUGUCAGUUCAUUCGAUAAAUCGAGCAAUUGCUGUACUAAUUGCAAAAGUCGAUCGAUUUUAUUCGCAAGUUUGUCGUGAAUUAUGUUUGCCUGCUUUGAGGGAAUUGUGUCGGGCGAUUGUUUCGGCAUCGGAGACAAGGAUUUUUUAUUCGCAAUUGAGUCAUGUGCAUUUAACGGCGCCAGUUAUGUUGUUGACAAGGUUGGAAUUUUUGGGAAAGAUAAAAUUGAGCUAAAUUUUUUUGAUAAUAUUGAGCUAAAUUUGAAAAUCGGGAAUUCGGAGUGACUACGAAACCGCGAUUUAUCAUUUUCAUCCAUAAAAUUUAGCUAAUCAAUCUAUUAUUUUGGAGCGAAAAUUCAUGAUUUCAGCCUGAAAUUAAAAUAAAAAAAGCUUGCAUAUUAGCAAGAAACGACAAGUACUGUAGGUUCGGAAAUAGAGCACGGAGCUGAAGGCUGCGUAGCAACAAGAAUUAAAUUCAUUCUUGUCAUUUUUAUUUCUGAAUAUAUCGGAAAAAUCUCAAUUUCAGAAUAAUUUUGGGUGAAAAAAAUCAGCUCCAAAUUCUGGAUAUGAACGAAAUAUUUUAAAUAUCAAGAAGUUUUUUUCAGAGUUGAAUUCCAGCUGAUAAAUGACUCAGGAUUUGCUAAAUUCUCAAUUUUUCCAGAAUAUCCGACAUAAUCAGUUCACUUUCUCAUCGUCCUCUCAUCCAUCAAAUGUUCAUUUAUCCAAUAGUUUCAUCACAUUUCGUUCAAGUUUGCCAAAGUGGCGAAGCUGAAACUGCACGAAUUUCAGCUUCUGCAUUGGCUGAAGUUGCAGCAAGAUUAUUAGUCUCUGAAACGCCCGGAUUAUGUUUCAAUCAAACGUUGGUUUUGCCAUUUCAGGUGAGAACAUUUAGCUGAAAAUCUCCGAACCUAUUUUGUUUCAGACAGCAACAUGCAGUGAUGGUUGCUCAGAUGAAACAAAAGAGCAAUUAUUGUGCUCACUGAGUCAACUUGUUCUAUCACAAGCUGAUAAAAUUGGAUCUGGCUGGAAACCACUUUUCGGCUCAUUAAAAGCUGUUAUAAAUGCAUCCGGUGAUGAAAAAGUGCAUUGGUGUUCGAUUGAUGUCAUUUCAUCGUACUUGAAAAUUGAUACACCGUGAGUUGAUUUUUAGAGCAUUUCGAGUCAAAAUUUGGUAUAACAAAGCCAGAAACUAAUUUUCAGAAAUGUGCUGUCAUCUUCAAUUCUUGAAUGUAUUCCAUGUGUCAUAAAUCUACUUCAAAAUCCCGCUGAUCAAAAACCCGAAAUUACUCAAUCAUCUCUGCGUCUCUUACCCUCUCUUUACUCUCUCAUCCUAUUUUUAUAUACAACACCGCAUGUUCCAAAUUAUCAUUUAUUGCAUCGAAGUGAUUUGAGAUCGAAAUGUUUGGAAGAAGUUGAAUGCGCUGAAAAUUUGCUGGAAAUUGUGGUAAAACAUGGAAAAUUGCCAUGGGAAGGAGGAAAACAGACAUAUGAAAUUGCAUCUGUUGAACUGUUUUUGUCAUUUUGUGAGUUUUGUUUUGGCGAAAAUUUGAAAAAAUGAGGGAAUUUGGAGCAUAUGGAACCCGAAAACUUGAAAAUUAUCGUUUUUUGAAGCAUUUUUGAGCCUGGAAAUGUGGAAAUUGGAAGAUUUUGAGUUACUGAAGAGCUUCGAACUGCAAAAAUUGCGAGAGCUACAGUAAUCCGACUUGCAAAAUAACUUCUCAAGCUGCAAGAAAUACUGUGAAAUUUUCUAACUUUAAAAAAGUUGAAGCUACAGUAACCCGAGUAGCAAAUACUUGAAUUCUGGAAAUUUUGAAAAUUUGGGGAUCACAAUCACCCGGACUGCAAGAAUUAUUGUAGAUUUCUACAAAACUAAAAACAAAACUGAAAAUUAUUGUUUUUCGAACUGCAAUGUGUACUGUAAAUAGAUUUAUGAACUGUAGAAUAUUCAAGCUACAGUAAACCGAACUGCAAAACAUCCACUAUUUUUAGGAUAAGAGUACUGUAGCUCGGCUUUUCCCUAAUUUUCAAUAAAAAUAUCAAUAUUCUUCAAAAUUUCCAGUAGAAAAACUAUGUGGAACUCUUCUAACUUCAAAUUUGGAAACACAAAAAAAUCUUCUUGAUAUGAUUGGUCGAUUAUUGAUUGAUAUCUCAACAAAACCAUUGGGUUUUGAAAGUGGAGCAGUUGGAAUUUCGGCUGUAAUUUUACCAUAUGUUCAAAAAUGGAUACGACGAAAUGACGUGGAAAAUGAUGUGAAAAUAUUGAAACAAGUGAUAGGAACUGUCACACAAAUUGUUAUUGAUUUUUUGAGCAGCAGCCAAUCACAAGAUGCCACGUGGAAAAAUCGAUUGAUUCGUGAUAUUUCGGCACUUUUUGUUGAAUGCGUGAGAUUUGAAAAGACUUGUGCUGUGAGUCCAGCUUAUUUUCGACUUUUGGCACAGAAUUUGGCUCAGGAUUUUGAGGAGGAACAGUGGAGAAUUUAUUCUGGAUUUUUGGCCGAAGCUAGGUGAGCAUUUUGAGCGCGCGCAGAGCUAAGCUCGAACCACUUUGAAACUAUCCUAAUUCUCAAUAUUUUCAGUCAUCUCUCACUUCGUCAUAUUCGCCUUCUAAAUUCAUAUUUUGUUCGCGGAAGUCAUGAUGAAAAUGGAGAUAUUGGAAGUGUCACCGCAUUUCAUCCAGCAAAUUUGCAAUUUCAACAAUUCCUUAUGGCUGUUCAAGUAUUUUCGUCAAAAAGAGGACUCGAAGCCCAGAAAGAUAACGAGCUCGAAAUAGGCUCAGGAAUACCAUUGCUCAUGUUAUCACAUGGUCCAGAAACACAUCGAAUCGAGAUUUCGUUGAUUGUUAGCAGUUUAUUGACACAUUGUUUAUUUAUUCAAUUGAUUGCUGCAAUUUUGUUAGAAGAUUUGGAAGAAUUAGGCCUGUUUUUAGGUCAAGUUUCAGGACUUGGCCUUAAUUUAAACCUGACUUCAAGCUCUCUCGAAACAUUUUAUAAAAUCCUCGAUAAAUCAGCUGAAAACUGUCUGGAAUUCCAGAAUCGUCCAGCAAUAUCAGAAUUACUAUCAAAAAUGAUUGGAGUAAAAUCAGCAAACCUACUGAAACCCCUAGUUUCAGCUAAUUUGAUAAAAUCAAUGAGUUUGCUGAAACUUGGAAAACACGCUGAAAUUUCCGAAGAAAUUGUAAAAAAUGCGAGAUUUUUGCGAGAAGUUGAGUUGGAAAUUAGUUCGAGAAGAAGUUUAGCGAGUCGCGAAUUCGGAGCCACCGAAUAUCAUUUGAUACCUGUUUUGGAGCAUGAUUUGGAAGAGGGGGAAAUCGGAUAUGCGAAUGGAUAUCGAUUAGUUUCGAAGGAUUUUGUCGAGGAGACUGUGACGGGUGGGUUGGGGUUUUAGGGAAAAAUUUGGAUUCUUGUUAAAUAUUUAACACACCCAUUUUUUGAAAUUAUCUAUCCUGAAAUAUACAAUAAAUCCAAAUUUUCCAUUUUCAGAAUACGAAAAACAUCGCGAACGUCUAAAACCCGAUCCACGAAAAAAUCCAUUCUUCAACAACCCAGCUGAAACAUCUGAAGAUCCGCCAGUUUCCGCGGAAAAAGAUCAGGAUUUCGACGAAGUACGACUUGCUGCAUAUCGUGAUAUUUGCCUAAUUCCAUUGAGAAGAAUAUUGGAUUCUGAGAAACUAGAUAAUUUGGAAAUUAUGAAACCCGCAUUUCAAGCUGUUUUGGAAUCUUCGCCCGAUUUAUCAGUUAGACAAUUAACCGGAAGAUAUAUUGAUUUGAUUUUUAGAAGGAGGACAAAUUGA